AUGAACUCAGUGAAUGCCUCCACCGGUCUUACUCAUUUCGAGAUGCACAUUGGACGCCACCCGCGACGCAUUCCCCCUCUCGUGCCCGACUCGCUCCCUCCUUCCUUGGAGGGUACCGCCAAGGCAUUCUCUGCCGAGCGUCACCUGCAGGGCUUCCUGGACAAUGAGGCUGAGGCGCGCGACAUGCUUACCCAGGCCAAGGUUAACCAGGCUUUUGCGGCCAAUGCGAAGCGGCCGUCCGAGCCUCCCAUCGCCGUCGGUGAUCGUGUGAAGGUCGCUACUUUCAAUCGCCGACAGCACUACAAGGCUAAGGGUGAGAAGCGAGUUGCUAAA